CAUGGGGGCAGCAGUCGCAGGUUGUCUGACAGCAGCAGGCUGGUGAAAAAGUUUAUUUACUUCCGGAGAAAAGUUCAGUUGAAGCGUCCGAAUGAUAAAGUAGUGAAGAUAAAGCCCAGCAGCAGAGAUGGAGUCCAGUGAGGAGGGGAGCCUGAGUGUCGGGGGCUCAGUGGGAGAGGAAAACUACUUCCUGGGAUACACCUUCACCGAUCGCUCCCACUCCAGCCGGGUGGUGAAGAGCAUCAUGGACCUGUGCCUGGAGGAUGGCCUGUUCGCCGAUGUUACCAUAACAGUGGAUGGCAAGGAGUUCCACCUGCACCGCCUGGUGCUCUCAGCCCAGAGCAGCUUCUUCCGCUCCAUGUUCACUUCCAACCUCAAGGAGUCCCACAACCGCAUGAUUGAGCUGAAGGAUGUCAGUGCCCCUGUCUUUCAGCUGCUGAUUGACUAUAUCUAUCAUGGUACUAUUAAACUGAGAGUAGAGGACUUGCAGGAUACGUAUGAGAUGGCUGACAUGUACCAGUUGACCGCUCUGUUUGAGGAAUGCUCUCGCUUCCUUUCAAGGACAGUGGAGGUCAAAAACUGCCUGCAGGUAAUGUGGCUUGCAGACAGACACAGUGACCAGGAGUUAUACACUGCUGCCAAACACUGUGCUAAAAUCCACCUGGUUCAGCUGCAUCAGACAGAAGAAUUCCUCAAUCUGCCUCUCUGCCUGCUCUUGGAUAUCAUUAAAGAUGGUGUUCCAAGUUCCCAGAAUCCUACAGUGGCCAUCGAGUCGUGGAUAAACCACAACAAGGUGGAGAGAGAAGAGUUUUCUUGCAUUCUCCAGGAAAACCUUAAGGAAAUUGGCGAGAAUGUCCACAUUUACCUGAUAGGGAAAGAGGAGACACGGACCCACUCCCUGGCUGUUUCACUACAUUGUGACGAGGAUGAUGCCAUCAGCGUGAGCGGCCAGAACAGUUUGUGCCACCAGAUCACUGCGGCCUGUAAGCAUGGAGGGGACCUGUAUGUGGUGGGGGGCUCUAUCCCCCGUCGUAUGUGGAAGUGUAACAUGCACACCAUGGACUGGGAGCGCUGUGCUCCACUGCCCAGAGACCGCCUCCACCACACCAUGGUCUCUGUCCCCACUGAAGACACCAUUUACUCCCUAGGAGGUAAGACCUUGCAGGACACUCUGUCCAACGCUGUCAUUUACUACACGGUGAAGGACAAUAUGUGGACAGAGACCAGCCAGCUGGACACAGCAGUGUCUGGGGCUGCGGGGGUUAACCUGGGAGGUACCAUCUACCUGCUUGGAGGGGAGGAGAAUGACAUGGACUUCUUUACUAAGCCAUCCCGUCUUAUUCAGUGCUUUGACACAGCCUCUCAGAAGUGCCACAUCAAACCUUACAUGCUGCCAUUUGCGGGGUGCAUGCACGCCGCCGCCCACAUGGACGUGAUCUUCGUCGUGGCGGAGGGAGACUCCUUGGUGUGCUACAACCCUCUCUUGGAAAGCUUCACUCGUUUGCGCUUUCCUGAAGUGUGGAGCUGUGUUCCUUCACUGUGGAAGGUGGCCAGCUGCAACGGUUGCAUAUAUGUCUUCAGGGACAAGUGCAAAAAAGGCGACGCAAACACAUUAAAGUUUAACCCUGCUACAUCUGUGGUGUCUGUGAUCAGGGGGAUAAAAAUCCUCCUCACAAACUGGCAGUUUGUUUUGGCCUAAAGACACUGGUGGAUGUUGACAGUGUGGCACACCAACACACCACUGGCAAUCACAGAAGACUGUUGGAAAGCUGACUAUUAAUGAGCUAUUCUGACACAGAGAUUCACUCUCAGUGUAUUGACUCAGCUGGUUUCUGUAUUUUACACUCCAUUCAUAUCCAACCUCAAAAGCUGUUUACUCUCAUUGGCUUGUAUUUAGGGCUGCAACUAAUGAUUUUUUUCAUUGGUGAUUACUCUAUUGAUUAUGUUUUUGAUGAACUGAUUAAUCAUUGUCUGUAAGUUUUCAAAAAUAAUGCCAUAUUCAUUUGAAGUUACCAAAGUGAUGCCUUAAAAUUGCCUCCUUUGUCUGACCAGUAGUCAAAAUUCCCAGAAGUAUUCAUUUUUUUAACAAUAUAAACACAGAAAAGAAAAGUAAACAAAUUGGAGCAUCUUAGUGAUCUUAGUGAAGCUGUAACCAGGAAAUGUUUGGGAUUUCUACAGCAUGAAAAAUUAGAAUGAUUAACCAGUUAUCAAAAUUAUAAUCAGUUAAUUUUCUGUUGAUUGAGUAAUUGCUUCAGCACUAUUUGUAUUACAAUGUGUCUUAUUUUGGCUCUCUUAGGAAAGAGGCAUGGUCCGUUUUUGGACCUCGCCUCUUGUAUUUUGUGGUGAUGUUGUAACCAACAAUGAACUAAUCAUAAGUGUUUUCUGUGCACUGCUUGUUUACUGACACGCAUGAACAGCUUCAAUAUGACAAAAUACUCUGGACACAAAACAUCCUCCUUUAUAUUGUAAGUGCAUAAAUGUAUCAUGAUGUUGUAGACUAGAGAUUGUCAGAUGUCAUUUACUGCGUCACUGUGCAGACACGUGAUGAUGAAGGGUGUUUUCUAACUUUUUAAAUUGUUCAGUUUUUUUGUCCUAUGAUUGCAUUUUUUUCUGUACAGUGUACAUGUACAUCAAGUUAAAUUAUUAUCAGAAAUAUCAAAUAUAUCACUGUAGCUACAAACUGUCAGCUUAUGUUUUGAUAUUUGGGACCCUUGUCUAAUGAUGUAAUCUGUUACUAUGAAUACUUUGUUUAUUACAAUGGAUUUACCUAAGCUCUUUCAUUAUUGAAACUAUAUAGUGAUGCAUUUCUGGAUGUAAUAGUGCACUUUGUUUUACUGUGGGUAUGUUGGCUAUGCUACAACAAAUAUAUGACUUCUAACCUCA